AACUACUCCAUGCAGUGCCUUGGCGCACCAACACGACCCUUGAUCGACCGAGCACAUCAAGAAGGGACGUGGCUCGAUAUCGGAGUGCAGAGCUUCAAGAAUCUGAGAUGGACAUUGAACUGGAACAAAGCUGUGUGGGUACUGCUGGCGCUGAGUGACCUACCAUUGCACCUACUGUACAACUCGAAGUUUUACUUAAAUAUCACCAACCACGACUACGAAUUUUACUUCGCCACAGAAGACUGGCUCCAUGGCGCCUGGUAUGACUCCUGGAAUCUUCCCGCACCUGGCACAGUCAGGGAGAUAUACUCUCCAGAGCUCGAUGACAGGUUCAACUGGACUCAAGCUUAUGAAUCAGACCCUGCAGCGCUCCUGGAUCCUUUACCAGCGCGAUAUUUCGCAGUUCGAAAAACUCAAUCCGCAGGCCUGCAUCAAUGCCUUCUUCACUUGUCUGGUCAUCGUUGGGGCACUCUUGCGCAUCGGCAUCAGCGCAAUGGACGACCCUUCUUUCUCCGCCAUACGAACAUUCGACUUCGGUACCGCAACCGCUGAGAUGAUCAUCAACGACUGAGGCGUCCCAGUAUUCGGCAGCGGUGGCCUUAUUCAGAACGUGCUCGUUGCCAACACACCUCAGCUACUCCUCCCAGGCGUGUACCUGCCACUGAACAACGUCCUAAGUCGCCUGCAAUUCGCGGUCGAGUGGGCAAGCUAUUCAGUAGGAAAGGCCUGAAGGGCGACUUACUUCCUCUAGCUGCCUUACUGACUCGGCGUACCGCUCAUGGCGAUCUUGGCGACACUGCAUUGGCUGCUUUCGCAAAGCAUCUUUUUGGUCAGCAUCGAGACCUACGACGUCAACGGUUUGUCCAAGGACGAGCGUCCGAAAGGAGGUGGAGGCGAGGAUGGGUUUAAUGAAGAGCACAUAGCGACUUGUGGUUACUCGCUACUUGCCAUGAUCUGUCUGCUCGUGGUCAGUGGGUUGGUGGUGUUGUUCGCAUUGAUUGGGGGCGCCAAAGUUCUCUCCUCGGACGG